GGCGGGAAACCAGGAGAAAUGAGUUUAGUUUACGAUUGGGAACGAAGCGGUCUGUUGAAACACCGGCCUUCUGUCUCAAGUCUGCAAGCUUAAACGUCUUAGCGACUGUUCUCAGCGUUAUGGUCGUGUGCGUUGCCGCUUGGCUUUCUGUUUUUAUUCCGUUUAAAAAUUAUAUCUCACUGUUUCGGCGUUGCUUGGCUUGUUGAUGGCGCGUUUUUACUGAGCGUGCGUGGAGAGUGCAGCAAACAAACGGCGUUGUGUGUGCGCGUCAUCUUACAGCACACGGGGUGACCUGAAAGGAAAACAUGAAACUCACGGAGUGGGAUUACGUUUGAAGCUGCUUGUUUAGCAAUGAGUUCCUGCCCCCUCAGGGCUGUGCUGUUCCAUUUUGCCCAGGUUACCUUGAAGAAAAUUCUACGGUGCAGUUUUAUGGUGUCCAAGCAGCUCAUCUAUUGAUACUUAGUAAAUCUGUAGUAAAACAUCAUCUGAGCUUGCCAUCAUCUGGAUCCAGAGGUUACUUUCAAGAAAAUGUGGACUGCCAGAAGUCUCUGUACUGCACCAAUACAAUUACUUGAGUUGAAAGAAGGCAGAUUGUGCAGUUCCAUUCUUCUGAAAAACCAGCAGUUCUGGACUGGAAUUCUAAACUAUUGUACCCUAAGAGCGCCAUAUGGCAGAGCUAAAUGCCAGGUUUCCAAGAUGAAUGAAAACCAGUCAGUAAUAGAUACUGCAGUUGCUAUUAGUGCAGAAGGAAGUAAAAGAACUUCUGGAAAUAGUCCCAUUGGAGAAUAUGAUGGAAAACAACACACAUUAGAAGGAAAAAUGAAACAUGUCAAUCUGUCAUUUGCAUCGUGUGGGUUUCUGGGUAUUUACCACUUGGGGGCAGCAGCUGCUCUUUACAGACAUGGUAAGAAGUUACUGAAAGUUGUGAAAGACUUUGCAGGAGCUUCUGCGGGAUCCCUGGCUGCCACUGUCUUAUUAGCAGUACCAGAAAACAUAGAGAAAUGUCAGCAGUUUACCUAUGAAUUUGCGGAAGAAGUCAGAAAAUUGGACUUUGGUGCAGUAACUCCUGGUUACGAUUUUAUGAAAAGACUUAGGGAAGGCAUAGAAUCUAUUCUUCCUUCUAAUGCUCAUGAGAUAGCUGAGAAUCGGCUCUAUGUGUCCGUUACUAAUGUGAGAAAUGGGAAAAAUUACUUGUUUUCAAAUUUUGCCUCCAGGGAGGAUCUCAUUAAGGUCCUGCUAGCAAGUAGUUUUAUACCAGUAUAUGCUGGAAUGAAGCCAGUCGAGUAUAAAGGAGAGAAGUGGGUUGAUGGUGGCAUUACCAAUGGCCUCCCUAUCUUGCCUUUUGGACGUACAAUUACAAUUUCUCCUUUCAGUGGUCGAUUAGAUAUCUGUCCACAAGAUAAAGGACGUGUGGAUCUGUAUGUUAAAUUUGCUAAACAAGAUAUAAUGUUGUCUUUGGCCAACCUAGUAAGACUUAAUCAAGCUAUGUUCCCACCAAACCAGGAGAAAAUGGAAUCGCUGUACCGAAAUGGAUUUGAUGACGCUGUACAUUUUUUACUAAAAGAAAACUGGUUUGAAUAGGCAAAACAUAAAAAAUAAAACCUGAUGGCUUUCAAAACACAGCUAUAGACAUUCUAACUCAAAUCUAAGAGGUUGUUAUCACAAUUUCUGUUUAUGGAAAUAAAAAGUCCCAUUCGGAAUUGCAUCAUCCUCUGCCAGGAAAAUAUCAGCUCCAUUCAGAAGACCUGUAUAAACUUGUCUGAUUGAGAACUGUACUUGGCUAGUAUUUGGCUUGUUUGAGAACAUUCAAGUUUUGAUCUGUUUUGCUUCAGAACUGGACUUUAAAAUGGCAAUUGUAAAAGCUUCUGUUACCGUAAUUAUACAAAUUUGGAAGACUUUUCCAAUGUUAUUUGAGAGACUAAUCAGUGUUGUAUCUGUAUUCCUCGCUUAAUAUAGCAGUUGUGCAUGCUCAUCGAGUGCAGUAUUGCUAAUCCAGUUUAGUACUUAAAGCAUUUUGAAGGAUCUGAACUCUUAGCUCUAGCCACAAGAAAUAAAACAUUUGCACUUUUGAUAACAUUUAUUUUUUUGAACGUUAAAGUUUUUGUGCUUCUCAGUGAAUGCACUUUCUCAAUUAGAAAUACUAUUUCAAACUUUUGUAACAGAAUUGUGAUGUUUUGUGUUCACUAAAAAUAUCUUGUACAGUGGAGUAGUUAUUUUUACUGUGUUUUCUUCUGCUGCUAAAAUUGAAUGAACUUAUUUUCUUGAAACUUCUGUGAAGAACUUAUUUGUAAGUUUCUCAGAAUGCUUUAUUCAUAAAAUAAAUGUUUUAUUACAACCUGA